AUGGCUUUACAGUCUUUUUCCCGGUCGCCUUUGCGCGCCUUUGUGCCAAUCAUCCCAGCCAUCGGCUCUAUAUCCCCAGGCCGGUGGAAUUCCACAGCAGCCUCUGCAGCGGUUGUGUCUACUAAUCCAAAGCCCAGAGUGUUCCACCGCCGCCGUGCACCCAACCGUCAAAAGUUCAUCGAAGAUCAGAAGGUCCAAGGAGAGAGUCGGAUCUUGGAAAAGUUCCAAACGCGGGACUGGAAGGCCGGCGAUAUCUACGCUCCCCAUGAUCUUAGUCCAUCCGAGAUGAGAAAAUGGAGGAAACGCUCCAGUCCGUCGAAGGAUGCGUUUGAUUCGUUGAAUAUGAAUCCGUUGGAUUUGUACAAGAACUUUUCGAUCAUGUCGGAGUAUAUGACACCUAUGGGACGUAUCAAACACCGAAGUACGACAGGUCUGCGACCCGUGAACCAACGGAAAAUUGCAAAGGCCAUCCGAAGGGCAAUUGGACUGGGACUGAUGCCGAGUGUCCAUCGGCACCCCGAGAUUCUGGCUGCAGAGCUCAAGUCGAAGUUGGAUUAA